AUGCGUUCGCUUCUCCCCUUCGUCCUCCUUGCCCUCGGCGUCCUCGUCGCCGCAGAGCCCACUCUCUCACCCUACACCCUCCAUGAGCGUCGCAGCGCCGUUCCGGAGGGAUGGGCAUGGCACGACAAGCACGAUGCGGACGCUGUCGUCCCGCUCCGCUUCGCGCUCACCCAGAAUAACAUCGCCGACAUCGAGAAGCACCUCAUGGACAUCUCCCACCCGGACUCGCCCAACUACGGCCAGCACUGGACCGCGGGCAAGGUGCUCCAGACAUUCGCGCCGAACGACGAUACCGUCGCUGCUGUCCGCAUGUGGCUCCUCGAGAACGGUGUCGAUGGCGAGCGCAUCCGCGUCACUCCGACGAAGGGGUGGGUGGAGGCCAAGGUAACUGUUGCGGAGGCGGAGAGGCUUCUUCAGACCGAGUAUCACGUCUACAACCACGAAGCGUCCGGUACUAAGACCCUUUUAAUAGUCGUACUGAUAACUGGCACGCCUCCAGCCUGCGACUCGUACCAUCUCCCCGCGCACAUCCAGCCCCACGUCGACUUCGUAACUCCGACCGUGCACUUUGAUGCUGUCAUCGCACCCCGGGAUACAUCCGACGAUGGGAGCGCACGCACGAUUGGUCAGCCCAACCACGGCGUCUAUCCCAAGACGACCGGCACAGUCGGCACCCUCUUCCAAGAGCUCGAGCACUGCGAUCAGCAGAUCACACCCGUUUGCCUGCGUGCUCUGUACGGCCUCGUAUACUCACCUUUGGCUGCCAGUAAGAACAGCUACGGUAUUGUCGAGUACACCCCUCAGGCAUACGUCCAAAGCGACCUGGAGAUGUUCGCUCAGAAUUUUUCCUCGGAUCUCGCUGGUGCCUCGCCGCAGGUAGUUUCAAUCGACGGUGGUGAAGUUCAAACCACGUACAAAGGCUUUGGCUACAACGGCGAGUCGAACCUCGACCUCCAGUACGGCAUGUCGCUCGUGACGGCCAAGCAGCCUGUCACCCUUUACCAAACCGGUGACAUGAUCGAGGGUGCAUCCUUUAACAACUUCCUGGACGCCAUCGACGGCUCGUAUUGCUCGUUUGAGGGCGGCGACGAUCCCACUCAGGAUGCCGCUUACCCCGAUCCGAACGCGGGCGGCUACACCGGCAAGGAGGACUGCGGCACCGUGAAGCCUGCAAACGUCAUCUCGACGUCGUACGGAUACAACGAAGCGGACCUGACGCCGGCGUACACCGCUCGCCAGUGCGCCGAGUACGCCAAGCUCGGUUUGAUGGGCGUCACCGUGCUCUAUUCUUCGGGCGACUAUGGUGUCGCCGGCAACGGCGGUCUUUGCUUGAACGCCGAUGGCUCGCAGUCCUCCAGCGGAACGCGCUUCAACCCCACUUUCCCGGGCUCAUGCCCGUACGUCACCUCCGUCGGCGCGACGCAGGUGAACCCGAACUCGACCGUGCUCGAGCCCGAAGGCGCAUGCGAGCAGGUCAUCUACUCAGGCGGCGGCUUCUCGAACCACUUCGCCCUGCCCGCGUACCAGAAAGCCGCUGUGGACAGCUACUUCGCUAACCACAACCCGCCGUACUCGGGCGCGGUGUACAACAACUCGCGCACGUCGCGCGGGCUGCCCGAUCUGUCCGCCAACGGCGCCAACUACGUCGUCGCGAUCGACGGCGCGUUUUCGCUCGUCUUUGGGACAAGCGCGAGUUCGCCGGUCGUCGGCGCGAUCCUCACGCUCGUGAACGACGCGCGGCUCGCGGUGGGCAAGAAGCCGAUUGGGUUCGUGAAUCCGACGAUUUACUCGGACGCGUUUGGGGGCGCGUUCAACGAUAUCACGAGCGGGGGGAACCAGGGGUGCGGGACUGCUGGGUUUACGGCUGUUCCUGGGUGGGAUCCUGUUACUGGUCUCGGGACGCCUAAUUUCCCGCAGUUGGUGGCCAAGUGGCUUUUGUUGCCUUGA